CAUCGGAUUACCAGGCGGAACGGCAGGCACCGGGCCCCCGGGCGGAGUCAAGCGGCAGGCACCGGGCCCCCGGGCGGGGGCGACAGGCAUCGGGCCCCCGGGGGGGCGACAGCACCGGGCCCCCGGGGCGGGCGACAGGCACCGGGCCCCGGGCGAGGCGACAGGCACCGGGCCCCCGGGUGGGGCGACCGGCACCGGGUCCCCCGGGGGGCAGGCGCCGGGCCCCCAGGAGGGGCGACCGGCAUCGGUGCCCCCCAGGCCGGGCGCGACCGGCAUCGGGCCCCCAGGCCGGGCGACCGGCAUCGGGCCCCCAGGCCGGGCGACAGGCAUCGGGCCCCCAGGCCGGGCGACAGGCAUCGGGCCCCCAGGCGGGGCGACAGGCAUCGGGCCCCCAGGCGGGGCGACAGGUCUCGGGCCCUCAGGCGGAGCGCGGGGCCGCCGGACCCCCAGGUGGAGCGACAGGUCUCGGGCCCCCAGGCGGAGCGGCGGGCGCCAGACCCC